UCAUGGCAGGUGGUGUAAGCACAGGGUGUCAGGACGUGGCGGUGUAUUUCUCCAUGGAGGAGUGGGAGUAUGUAGAAGGACACAAGGAUCAGUACAAGGAUCAGGUGAUGAUGGAGGAUCAGCAGCCCCUCACAUCAGCAGUCAGAUCCAGUAAGAGAACAGCAGCAGAGAGGUGUCCCCGUCCUCUUCUUCCACAGGAUCAGGAUCAGCUUAUAGAUCAGGGUAAAGAUCAGAACUAUUUUAAUGCUACGGACAUAAAGGAAGAAGAAGAGACAUAUGUGAGCGGGGAUGAUCAGUAUAAGGAGGACAUUCCUACAGGGAAAGAUCUGAACUAUAUUAAUGUUACAGACAUAAAGGAAGAAGAGGAGGAGACAACUGUGAGGGGUGAUGAGCAGUAUAGGGAGGACAUUCCUACAGGAAAAGAUCUGAUCUAUAUUAAAGCUACAGACAUAAAGGAAGAAGAAGAAGAGACAGAUGUGAGCGGUGAUGAGCAGUAUAGGGAGGACAUUCCUACAGGAAAAGAUAUGAACUAUAUCAAUACUACAGACAUAAAGGAAGAAGAGACAGAUGUGAGCGGUGAUGAGCAGUAUAAGGAGGACAUUCCUACAGGAAAAGAUCUGAUCUAUAUUAAUGCUACAGACAUAAAGGAAGAAGAAGAGACAGAUGUGAGCGGUGAUGAGCAGUAUAAGGAGGACAUUCCUACAGGGAAAGAUAUGAACUAUAUUUAUACUACAGACAUAAAGGAAGAAGAGACAGAUGUGAGCGGUAAUGAGCAGUAUAAGGAGGGCAUUCCUACAGGAAAAGAUCUGAUCUAUAUUAAUGCUACAGACAUAAAGGAAGAAGAAGAGACAGAUGUGAGCGGUGAUGAGCAGUAUAAGGAGGACAUUCCUACAGGGAAAGAUAUGAACUAUAUUUAUACUACAGACAUAAAGGAAGAAGAGACAGAUGUGAGCGGUAAUGAGCAGUAUAAGGAGGGCAUUCCUACAGGAAAAGAUCUGAUCUAUAUUAAUGCUACAGACAUAAAGGAAGAAGAAGAAGAGACAGAUGUGAGCGGUGAUGAGCAGUAUAAGGAGGACAUUCCUACAGGGAGAGAUAUGAACUAUAUCAAUACUACAGACAUAAAGGAAGAAGAGACAGAUGUGAGUGGUGAUGAGCAGUAUAAGGAGGACAUUCCUACAGGUAACCCCCAAGAUGACUGUACCAGGAGAUCAGAGGAGAAUCUUAUAUCUUCAGAUUAUAAAGCAGAUGAUGAUAUCACACAAGAUACAUAUGAAGAACAUUCCAUUAUCCCAGAUACACCCUCAGCCCUUCACAGACAAGAUCUGUCAUCUGUGAAUGUUAAGUCACAUCUUGUUGAGCAUCAGAGAAUUCACACAGGGAAGAAACCUUUUUCAUGCCAAGAAUGUGGGAAAUGUUUUAUUUUCAAAUCACAGCUUGAUAGCCAUGUGGGAACUCACACAGGGGUGAAGCCAUUUCCAUGCCAAGAAUGUGGAAAAUGUUUUAUUUUCAAAUCACAGCUUGCUAUCCAUGUCCGAACUCACACAGGGGUGAAGCCAUUUUCAUGUCAGGAAUGUGGGAAAUGUUUUGCUAUGAAAUCAAAUCUUGUUGACCAUCAGCGGAUUCACACAGGGGAGAAACCAUUUUCCUGCUCAGAAUGUGGGAAAUGUUUUACUAUGAAAUCACAUCUUGUUCGACAUCAGAGAACUCACACCAGGGUGAAGCCAUUUUCAUGCCAAGAAUGUGGGAAAUGUUUUAUUCUCAAAUCAGAACUUGAUAAACAUGUGAAAAAUCACACAGGGAAGAAGCCAUUUUCAUGCCAAGAAUGUGGAAAAUGUUUUAUUUUCAAAUCGAAGCUUGAUAGACAUGUGAGAACUCACACAGGGGAGAAGCCAUUUUCAUGCAAAGAAUGUGGGAAAUGUUUUACUAAGAAAUCAUAUCUUGUUGACCAUCAGAGGAUUCAUGCGGGGGAGAAGCCAUUUCCAUGCUCAGAAUGUGGAAAAUGUUUUAUUUUCAAAUCACAGCUUCAUAGCCAUAUGAGAACUCACACAGGGGAGACGCCAUUUCCAUGCCAAGAAUGUGGAAAAUGUUUUAUUUUCAAAUCACAGCUUGAUAAACAUGUGCGAACUCACACAGGGGAGAAGCCAUUUUCAUGCCAAGAAUGUGAGAAAUGUUUUGCUAUAAAGUCAAAUCUUGUUAACCAUCAGCGGAUUCACACAGGGGAGAAGCCAUUUUCCUGCUCAGAAUGUGGGAAAUGUUUUACUAUGAAAUCACAUCUUGUUCGACAUCAGAGAAUUCACACAGGGGAGAAGCCCUUUUCAUGCUCAGAAUGUGGAAAAUGUUUUAUCCUCAAAUCACAGCUUGAUAGCCAUGUGAGAACUCACACAGGGGAAAAGCCAUGUUUUUGCCAAGAAUGUGGUAAAUGUUUUACUAUGAAGUCAUAUCUUGCUGACCAUCAAAGGAUUCAUGCAGGGGAGAAGCCAUUUUCAUGCUCAGAAUGUGGAAAAUGUUUUAUUUUUAAAUCACAGCUUGAUAGCCAUAUGAGAACUCACACAGGGGAGAAGCCAUUUCCAUGCCAAGAAUGUGGAAAAUGUUUUAUUUUCAAAUCACAGCUUGAUAAACAUGUACGAACUCAUACAGGGGAGAAGCCAUUUUCAUGCCAAGAAUGUGGGAAAUGUUUUGCUAUGAAAUCAAGUCUUGUUGACCAUCAGCGGAUUCACACAGGGGAGAAGCCAUUUUCCUGCUCAGAAUGUGGGAAAUGUUUUACUAUGAAAUCACAUCUUGUUCGACAUCAGAGAACUCACGAAGGGGAGAAGCCCUUUUCUUGCUCAGAAUGUGGAAAAUGUUUUAUUCUGAAAUCACAGCUUGAUAGCCAUGUGAGAACUCACAUGGGGGAGAAACCAUUUUCAUGCUUAGAAUGUGGGAAAUGUUUUGUGGAGAAAGCAAGGCUUGUUGAACAUCACAAAACUCACACAGGCGAGAAGACAUUGUAAUGUUCAGAAUAUGGGAAAUGUUUUACUCAGAAAUCGCCUCUUGUUACACAUCAGAGAAUUAACACAGGAGAGAAGCCAUUUUCGUGGGGAAUGUUUUUCUGUAAAAUCAAGUCUUGUUCUCCAUCAUAGAAUUCACAUGGGGGGGAGAAGAGAAGCCUUUUCAUGUUUAGAAUGUGGGAAAUGUUUUACUCAGAAAUCACAUCUUGUUGAGCAUCAGAUAAUUCACGCACAAAAGAAGCAGAUUUCAUGCCCAGAAUGUGGGAAAAGUUUGUGUUGUUAAAAAAAAAUUUUUUUUGGAACAGUGAACGUGUUUGCGUUUUUUGUG